CCUUUUCCUUUUCCUUCACUGAAGAAGAGGGGUGCUAACUGCUAACGGGGGAGAGUGGUCGACGUCCCGGGCGCGUGUUUCUUUACCAACGGCGACCCUUCGACCCUUGCCUGUUAGAUCUCUUCUCAUCUAAGAUGUCCCACUCCCAGUAGAGAAAGCUAACCCUAAUUUUCUCUUCCGAUCUCAGAUCGGGUUCAUAAUCUCCACACGUUUACUCAUUUUCCAGGGAUUGGUUUCAGAUAGAUUGGUUGGAUUACUAGAACAGCUAUAAGAAGCAGUUGAUUGUUUCAUAUAAGAAGCUCUUGAUUUUGCUUUCAUGGAGAUUCAAAGGUAAUAUAGAGCUUCAGAGUCGUAGGUGAAAAUGGCCCCAGCUAGCAAGUCUGAAAAGAAGGCGGCAGUAGAUGCUGCCUCAUGGAUGUUCAACGUCGUCACUUCGGUCGGAAUCAUCAUUGUUAACAAAGCUUUGAUGGCCACGUACGGUUUCAGCUUCGCUACAACAUUAACAGGUCUGCAUUUUGCCACCACAACACUUAUGACACUUAUUCUUCGGUGGCUGGGAUAUGUCCAGGCCUCCCAUCUGCCACUACCUGAGCUUCUGAAGUUUGUCAUUUUUGCAAACUUUUCCAUUGUUGGGAUGAAUGUAAGCCUAAUGUGGAACUCAGUUGGAUUCUACCAGAUUGCGAAGUUGAGUAUGAUCCCUGUAUCCUGUCUUCUUGAGGUUGUCUUUGACAAGAUUCGAUAUUCUAGAGACACGAAACUUAGUAUAGCAGUUGUUCUACUGGGUGUUGCAGUCUGCACUGUCACUGAUGUGAGUGUCAAUGCUAGAGGUUUUAUUGCUGCUUUUGUGGCAGUCUGGAGCACUUCUCUGCAACAGUAUUAUGUACACUUCCUCCAAAGGAAGUACUCACUUGGAUCCUUCAACCUGUUGGGCCAUACAGCACCAGCUCAGGCUGCAUCACUGCUGUUGUUAGGACCUUUCCUGGAUUACUGGUUGACAAACAAAAGAGUGGACGCUUUUGACUACAACUUAAUGGCCGUGCUGUUCAUUAUUCUAUCAUGCACCAUUGCAGUAGGGACCAACCUCAGCCAAUUCAUUUGCAUUGGCAGAUUUACAGCUGUGUCUUUCCAGGUCCUUGGCCACAUGAAGACUAUCCUUGUCUUGAUAUUGGGAUUCAUUUUCUUUGGAAAAGAAGGUUUGAAUCUACAAGUGGUGCUUGGCAUGAUCAUAGCAGUGGUUGGAAUGAUUUGGUAUGGUAAUGCUUCAUCUAAACCAGGAGGGAAAGAGCGUAAGAGCCAUUCAUUGCCAACAAAUAGACAGCAAAAGCAUGGCGGACUGUCUGAUUCUAGUGAACUUGAUGAGAAGGUCUAGAAUUAACAAGGUGGUUGUCUGAUACCAUAACUUCUUACAUUAAAGGGUAGAGCGACGUUUUUCUUCUAUUUUUCCCCCAAUUUUCUCUCCUUGACCGUGAAUUUUUUCAAGGGAACAAAUACUAUUGGAAUAGGAUGCAGGUUCCCUAAUAUAUUUAUCUUGUCAUAAUCAUCAUUUAUAGUAAUUUAUUUUCCUCGUGUUUGCAAACUA